AUGGAAGAUAACUGCUCAACACUCGAAGAAGCUAGAAACCCGUUAAGGAAAGCAAGGGAGGAAAUCGACUCUCUCCGCAAUACCAACGAAAAACUAACACAUACUAUAUACAACCUGGUUGAAAUUAUGAUUUCCAACGCAAGAUCAGACAACUCCCUCAUUAACAAUCUCAGGGAAUGCCCUCGGCAAAUAACCACAAACCUCAGCCUCAAGAACCAACCCGGCACGAGUAUCCAUGAGGCCCCAUCUAGACUGCCAAGCCCCUCCGCAACCCCUAACAACUUAAGCUCGGAAGCCAGCACCUUUGAUAGCAGCAACCUAGAGAUUCCCGGUACCACCAACUCCGACUUAAACAUCUCUGGGCACACAAAAAACGCGACAACCUGCACCUGCACUAGUACCACAACAGGAACCAACAGCAGUUCACGCAGCUCCACUAGCAUCAGCAGAACUUCGUCUCACAGGGGUAAGGGAGGGAAUCAGUGUCUAUUAUGCGGCGCUUUCUACACCAGCCGC